GGGAGAGAGUAUAGCAGGUGCAGUAUACAUAGAGAAAGAGAGACCCAGACAUAGACAGGCAUACAGUAUUACUGGAUGAACCUGCAGCUACCUGCCGCGCCCGAGCGGGCCUCCGCCGGGGAACACUCGGGGAAUGAGUCGGGCGCCUGGGCGACGACGGGGCGUCCGUCCAACUGGAGCGGCGGAGGCUGGGCGCAGGGGGCGGCGGGCGAGGACGUGAGGAUGGUGGUGAUCCAGUUCGUGUACGCGCUGGUGUGCCUGGUGGGGCUGGCGGGCAACGCCAUGGUCAUCUUUGUCAUCCUGAGGUACGCCAAGAUGAAGACGGCCACCAACAUCUACCUGCUCAACCUGGCGCUGGCCGACGAGCUCUUCAUGCUCAGCGUCCCCUUCGUGGCGGCGGCGGCGGCCCUCGACCGCUGGCCCUUCGGCCCGCUCAUGUGCCGGGCGGUGCUGAGCGUGGACGGGCUCAACCAGUUCACCAGCGUCUUCGGCCUGACCGUGCUCAGCGCCGACCGCUACGUGGCCGUGGUGCACCCCAUCAAGGCGGCCCGCUACCGGCGCCCCAGCGUCGCCCGGCUGGUCAACCUGGGCGUCUGGCUGCUCUCGCUGCUGGUCAUCCUGCCCAUCGUGGUGUUCGCCGGCACCGCGCCCGUCGGCGGCGAUUCCGCCGCAGGUCCCGGCGUCAACCUGGGCGCUAGUCCCGCCGGGGGCUCCGCGGGAAAGGUGGGCAUCAAUCCUGGCGUAGACUUCAGGCUAAGUCCCGGCGUAAAUUCCAGCGCAAAUCCUGCUGUGAGCUUGGUCAUCAAUUCCAGUGUAGGUUCCAGUGUAAAUCCCAGUGUCAGCGUGGGUAAAGAUUCCAGUGUAAAUCCCAGUGUAAGUGUGGGUGUAGGAUCCGGUGUAAAUCCCAGUGUAGGUGUGGGUAAAGAAUCCAGUGUAAAUCCCAGUGUGGGUGUAGGAUCCAGUGUAAAUCCCAGUGUAAGUGUGGGUGUAGGUUCCAGUGUAAAUCCCAGUGUAAGUGUGGGUAAAGAUUCUAGUGUAAAUCCCAGUGUAAGUGUGGGUGUAGGAUCCAGUGUAAAUCCCAGUGUAAGUGUGGGUGUAGGAUCCAGUGUAAAUCCCAGUGUAAGUGUGGGUAAAGGAUCCAGUGUAAAUCCCAGUGUAAGUGUGGGUAAAGAUUCUAGUGUAAAUCCCAGUGUAAGUGUGGGUAAAGGAUCCAGUGUAAAUCCCAGUGUAAGUGUGGGUAAAGAUUCUAGUGUAAAUCCCAGUGUAAGUGUGGGUGUAGGAUCCAGUGUAAAUCCCAGUGUAAGUGUGGAUAAAGAUUCUAGUGUAAAUCCCAGUGUAAGUGUGGGUGUAGGUUCCAGUGUAAAUCCCAGUGUAAGUGUGGGUGUAGGUUCCAGUGUAAAUGUGGGUGUAGAUCCCAGUGUUGAUUCCAACGGCAAGGUGAUGUGCGUGUUUCUCUGGCCGCAGCCAGCCUGGUCAGUAGCAUUUGUCGUUUACACCUUCCUGCUGGGCUUCCUGUUGCCCGUGCUGGCCAUCAGCCUGUGCUACCUGCUCAUCAUUCUGCAGACCCGGGCGGUGGCCCUCAAAGCCGGCUGGCAGCAGCGCCGGCGCUCCGAGCGCAAGCUCACCCGCCUGGUGCUGACAGUGGUGGCUGUCUUCGUGGUCUGCUGGCUGCCUUUCUACGCCGUGCACCUGGCUGGUGUCUUCCUGGCCCAGCGCAACACCACCAUUAACCACCUCUGUGUGAUCCUCAGCUACGCCAACAGUUGUGCCAACCCCAUCCUCUACGGCUUCCUGUCCGACAACUUCAGGCGCUCCUUUCAGCGGAUCCUGUGCUUCCGUUGGCUGGAGAAUGACACUGAGGAGCCCGUUGACUAUUGCUCCACUGCUCUCAAGAGCAAAGUGGGCAGCCCAUUGGAGUUCCAGCCUGCUGAGAACAUUGCCUCUGAGUCUGUUUACAGAAAUGGUACUUGCACAUCAAGAACAACCACCUUGUGAAUUCAGACACAAGGACCUCUUGACAGUUUUCCAUGUCAAAUCUAUUUUGCUAAAGGUUAUUUGCUUUUGAUGACAUGUUGUCAGUUCGACCAUUUGUUAUAAGCCAGGUUCAUGAGGGAUUUAUGAUGGUGAAUGUCCAUUAGACACAAAUGUGUGCCCUUGUCACUUUUCUGGUGAAUCUCUCUCUCUCUCUCUUUACUGUAUGUCCCCAUCCCUCGUUAUUCACUGAGAGGAGCUGGGGUAAAAGAGAAAGAGCAGAAAGUGCUGGAGAAAUUCAGCAGUGUUCUGACAGUAUGUGUGAGAGGAGAAAAACAGAGGGGGGGGUUUGGCCUUAAUGACGUUUAACUCAGCUCAGAUGCUGACACAGCUUGCCUAGGUUCUCCAGCAUUCUAUGUAUUGUUUUUAAAAAUAAUUUCAGACGUCCAGUAUGCAUGGUCUUUUUAAAUAUAUGCUUUUAUAUUGACAUGGGCUGCAUUGACAACCUCUGUUUUACCACCUGUAAGGGAAUUUGCCCAGGGUGGUCCAUCCAUCAAACUUUACAGAGGUCUGAAGGUCCAUUCUGUAACCUGAUUGUUAGACCAUGUCAAAUCAGUAGCUGGGAUCACACUAUUUGGCCCAACACCCAAUAUUUAUUAUAGCACUAAUCCUUUGCUCAAGGUCUGGGGGAAAUGACAGAAUGCAUUGCACUGUUUAAGCAGAGAACCCAGAAUAUAAACUCCCACACAAGAUCAGAAUUGUUGCAACAACAGUUUGUUGGGUUAAGAAAGUGACUUCCAAUGUUUGAACUAUAUCCAUAUCAACAUUUGCUUAAAAGGCCGGGGAUGCUAUCCAAAUGGGCAUUGUGUAAUUGCUCCCCAACCACCUUCACAGUCUGUACUAUUUUCCCAAUCAUGUCUUUGCAAGUACAAUGCUGCUCGGUAUGCUCAGAUUGUAGGCUAUAAAUUUCAAUUAGUCUCAUCUCUAAAAUGGUAACUACAGGCUGCACAGUCACUGUGUGUCAGUGAUAUUGUGAUAUUCAAUUUACAGAGUUGAGCGGGCAAUGCUGCAGGCUGACAGCUUUAUAACAUUAAAGUGUCUCCAUUCAAAUAGAACAAAAAAAGAUGCAAGGUCAUAAAGUAUAGCCAUGUCCCAAAGGCUUAUUUUUCACACUUGUGGGAUGGUCAAUCUUUGGAAUUCUUUACUCCAGAGGGCUGUUGAACCUCAGUCAUUGAGUAUGUUACAAAUGGAGAUCGAUAUAUGUCUUGAGAUUAAAAGCAUUAAGAGAUAUGCCGCCGUGGGCGGCACAGUGGUUGUGGGCAGCACGGUGGCAUGUGGGCGGCACGGUGGCACAGUGGUUAGCACUGCUGCCUCACAGCGCCAGAGACCCGGGUUCAAUUCCCGCCUCAGGCGACUGUGUGGUUUGCACGUUCUCCCCGUGUCUGCGUGGGUUUCCUCCGGGUGCUUCGGUUUCCUCCCAUAGUCCAAAGAUGUGCGGGUCAGGUGAAUUGGCCAUGCUAAAUUGCCCGUAGUGUUAGGUAAGGGGUAUGUGUAGGGGUAUGGGUGGGUUGCGCUUCGGCGAGUCGGUGUGGACUUGUUGGGCCGAAGGGCCUGUUUCCACACUGUAAGUAAUCUAAUCUAAUCAUAUGGGGAGUGUGGAAAAAUGGCAUUGAGACAGAAGGUCAGUCCUGACCCAAUUGAAUGGUGGAGCAGGCUCGAUGGGCCAAAUGGCCUACGUCUGCUCCUCUGUUCCUAUGGAUUAGAUUAAAGAUGUGUACAGGUACAUAGUUUAGAAAUUGUGCUAUUCAAAUUGAUAGUUAAAAUAAGGUUAAUAUGGAGCUAAUGAACUAAGGUAACAUCUGAGAUAAACACACAUCAGGUAAGAAAGAAUGGAAACAGUAAUUCUUUCACUCAGACAUGUAAAGAUAAUUCUCUCAUCCACAAAAUGAACUGUGGAAAGAAAAAUGCACUCUUCAGCUUAAAAGCACACUUGUAGCUACCAAACGUAGAAUCUCAAUAUUCAACUUAUUGCUAAUCAUAAAGAGAAUCAUUGUACCCCCUUAAACAAAGUUGCAUUUA